UUUUCCUCGUCCAUCAUUGAUCGCAUUCCGCGGCGAACUCCCAACCUGUCGCGACACUGCUCGCAACAGGUCGCCUGCUUUUAUUUACCACCUUCGACUUGAUCCAUCUUAACACAGCUUCGCGUCACUGCUGUCAGCCCUUCCAAGACACGGCCCUCGCGGCUGUGCGCACCGCGACCAUGGACCUGUUUGACGUCUUCGACGAGCAGCCCGAGGCGCCGCCCGCCGAGGCGGAGCGCAUAUCGUCGGAGCAGAAGUCCUCGGAGCACAAGUCCAAGAAGUCCAAGUCAAAAUCAAAAAAGGACAAGAGCAAGAAGCGCAAGGCCGACGGACAUGUUAAAAUGGAGGAGGCGACAGAAGAGCUGACCCUCGACUCGGUCCCGGAGGAUCCUGCCGCCGACAGAGACGUGGAGAUGGGCAACGGCACCCAGCCCUCAACCGAGGGAGGCGCCGGCGCCGAGGACGACUCGGGCUCGGAAGACCAUGGCGACAGCAAGCGCCGAAAGAAGGGGGCCACGGCGGAGCCCAUCCUCACCGACUCGUUUGCGACCGCCGAGUCCAGGCAGGUCGCGCCCGUCGAGGGCUUCAGCGCCGCGGCGGGCGAGGAGGCGAUCGUGCUGCAGCACAACGUCCAGCAUCAGGUCGCGCUCCCACCAGACCUCGACUACAUCUACGUGCCCUUGUCCCAGCACAAACCGCCCGACGAGCCAGCCCGGGUCUACCGUUUCAAGCUCGACCCAUUCCAGAGCAUCUCGGUCGCCUCGAUCGAGCGCGGCGAGAGCGUGCUGGUAUCGGCCCACACCAGUGCCGGAAAGACGGUGGUCGCCGAGUACGCCAUCGCCCAAUGCCUGAAGAGGAAUCAGAGGGUCAUCUACACCUCACCGAUCAAGGCGCUCAGUAACCAGAAGUACCGCGAGUUCCAAGCCGAGUUCGGCGACGUGGGCCUGAUGACGGGCGACGUGACCAUCAACCCCACGGCGAGCUGUCUCGUCAUGACGACAGAAAUCCUGCGAUCGAUGUUGUACCGCGGCUCCGAGAUCAUGCGCGAGGUUGCAUGGGUCAUCUUCGACGAGAUCCACUACAUGCGCGAUGCGAUCCGUGGCGUUGUCUGGGAGGAGACCAUCAUCAUGCUUCCGGACAAGGUGCGCUACGUGUUCUUGUCGGCCACUAUCCCCAACGCCUUCCAGUUCGCCGAGUGGAUCGCGAAGAUUCACAGACAGGCCUGUCACGUCGUCUACACCGACUUCCGGCCGACCCCACUUCAGAAUUACUUCUUCCCAGCUGGUGGCGAAGGCAUCUACCUGGUCGUGGACGAGAAUGGAGUUUUCAGAGAGAAGAACUUCAACUCUGCAAUUGCCGCGAUCGAGGAUAACAAGUCCAAAGAUGCAAACGACCCGAACGCACGCCAGACCGGCAAAGGCAAAAAUAAGAAGCCCAGGAAAGACACGGGUCCUGACGCGAAGUCGGACAUCACAAAGAUCGUCAAGAUGAUCAUGAAGAAGGCGUUCCACCCCGUCAUCGUGUUCAACUUUAGCAAGCGCGAGUGUGAGAACCUGGCUCUCAAGGUGUCCAGCAUGAACUUCAACCACGAGACGGAGCAGCAGCUAGUGGAUGAUAUCUUCCACAACGCGAUAAUGUCGCUUUCUGAGGAAGACCAAAAUCUGCCGCAGAUCCAGCACCUGAUUCCCCUUCUCAAGAAGGGCAUCGGCGUGCAUCACGGCGGUCUCCUGCCCAUCCUGAAGGAAACCAUCGAGAUCCUCUUCCAGGAGGGUCUCAUCAAGGUUCUUUUCGCAACCGAGACCUUCUCGAUCGGCCUGAACAUGCCCGCGAGGACAGUUGUUUUCAGUCAGGUGACCAAGUUUGACGGCGUCAAGGAGAGGCCGCUGACCUCGUCCGAAUACAUCCAGAUGGCAGGCCGUGCUGGUCGCCGCGGUCUGGAUGACCGAGGUAUCGUCAUCAUGAUGAUUGGCGAGCAGCUCGAGCCGGAGGUGGCCAAGGGCAUCGUUGCCGGCCAGCAGGACCGUUUGAACUCGGCCUUCCACCUGGGCUACAACAUGAUCCUCAACCUGCAGCGUAUUGAGACCGUCUCGCCCGAAUACAUGCUGGAGAGGUGUUUCUACCAGUUCCAGAACGCGGCCGGUGUCCCGAUGCUGGAGAAGAAGGUCAGGGACCUGCAGCAGGAGAAGGACGGCAUGGUGAUUCCCGACGAAGGCACAAUAAAGGAUUACCACAAUGUCCGUCUCCAGAUCGAAGAGUACAAGAAGGAUAUGGAGGCCGUCAUCCAACAUCCAAACUACUGCUUGGAGUUCAUGCAGCCCGGCCGGCUGGUCAGGAUCAAGACGCCCGAUGGCCUCGACUUUGACUGGGGCGCCAUUGUGAACUUCACAAAGCGGAAAGAUGCCAAGUUUGGGGAGCCUGAGCAUUCUCCACAAGAGUCUGUCAUGAUCGACGUGGCUCUUUUCGUCUCGCACAACACGGAUGAGAUCGUGCCGGGGGUAGUCCCCAAGAAGGGACACAUGACUGAGGGUGUCACACCACAGGGUCCUUCCGAAGAGGAGGGCAAGAUCGAGAUUAUCCCGUGUCUUUUGACGUGUCUCGUCGGCAUCAGUCAGCUCAGGGUAUUCAUGCCCAAGGACAUACUAAACCGGGAAGGAAAGAACGCCAUCGGCAAGGUCCUGACCGAGGUCCAUAACAGGUUUCCCGACGGCUUACCGAUCCUGGACCCGAUCGAAACGAUGGGUAUCAAAGACGAGUCGUUCAAGAAGCUCAUGCGCAAGAUCGAGGUGCUCGAAUCCCGCCUCCUGUCGAACCCACUCCACCAGUCACCCCACCUGCCCGAGCUCUGGGACCAGUACAAGGCCAAGGUCGAGCUCAGCAACCAGAUCAAGGAGGCCAAGAAGGCCAUCAACAAGGCGCACAGCAUCGCGCAACUGGACGAACUCAAGUCGCGCAUGAGGGUGUUGCGGCGCCUGGGCUUCAUCAACGACGCCGAGGUUGUGCAGAUGAAGGCCCGGGUCGCGUGCGAGAUCUCGUCGACCGAGGGUCAUGAGCUAGUCCUUGCUGAGCUGCUGUUCAACGGUUUCUUCAACGACCUCACACCCGAUGUGUGCGCCGCCAUCCUCAGCUGCUUCGUCUUUGACGAGAAGAUGGAGGCGGAGCCACUCAAGGAAGACCUAGACAAGCUCGUGCGCCAAGUGCACGCGCAGGCCAAGACGAUCGCCCGCAUCAGUCGUGAGAGCAAGCUGGACAUGCCAGACGAGAAGGUUGUGGCCAGCCUCAAGUGGCAGCUUAUGGAUACUGUCCUAGCCUGGGCGAAGGGGCGGCCGUUUAUAGAGAUAUGCAAAAUGAAUAGCGCAUACGAAGGAUCGCUCGUGCGCAUCAUUCGUCGCCUGGAGGAGCUGUUGAGGCAGAUGGCCGAGGCCGGCAAGGUCAUGGGCAGCGAGACGCUGCAAAAGAAGUUCGACACGGCACUGUCGCUGAUUGCGCGAGACGUGGUGUCGGCGGCCAGUCUAUACCUCUAAUCUCACGACCAUCUCGUCCCUUCCGCCUCGUGCUUAUUUUUCUUUGCGGAUAUCAAGAUUUGGGAGCAUUUAAUGCAUAGCGUAUAGUUCUGUUCCCCCCCGUUGGGUCCUAUGGCGCAAGGAAGCAUAUUAUCGGGGCGUCUGAUCUCUCAGUCAUCUGGUGAUGAGUUAUCGCCAUGCUUCUCGCAGAUCGCGAUGCCUUUUUAGUGCGGGGUAUUUGAAGGCUGGGGCAGCGGUGCAUCUCGGCUGUGCGAGCCAAGAUGAGACUGAACGAGUCCAUGAUAUCGCCAGCCACGAUCCCUCGGACGUGCUCGUUCAUAAAGAGCGGGUUUGAAGAAACUAGAAAAUUCAUGAUUGGAAUCCGCCGUGAUAAAUAGCAAGCUGAGAAACAGAGCAGUCUACAGAGUGUCUAUCGAGCCACGCCACGUCUGGGAGCGGGCCAGUGGAUUAAUGAUGCCAGUCGCCGAACGCCAAGGAUGAACAAGAUGCCGGACAGUGAAAAUACAAAAGAAGAAAGCUGCCCCCCCGCCGCCUCACUUGUUCUCGCCCGAGAUGGAGCGUAUCAUGCCGAUGGUGAGGCCGAGCACGAAGCCGAAGCUGACAAAGACCUUCCACCUGCGGCUGUACAGGCCCUCCUCGCGGAUGAGCCAGCCGAAGC